AUGACUGAACUUUUAACUCCUGUCAAAAAUUCCUCGUUAGCAGUAAGUCCUAGCGAUUUGCUUUUAUCGGCGAUAUUUAAAGAUAAUUCUCUUCCUCUCAAUACCAAAUUAAAAAUGGAUGGGCUAACUUUGCUGCAAUCAUUAGAGGAUUUUUCAGUCAAUGUUGUUUUUUUUGAUCCUCAAUAUCGGGGGGUAUUAGAAAAAAUGAAUUAUGGCAAUGAAGGAGAAAGACAAAUAGAAAGAAGCAAAUUGCCGCAAAUGAGCGAAAAAACUAUCAUCUCUUUUGUGCGAGAAAUUGACCGAGUUUUAAACAAAAGCGGGCAUCUUUUUUUAUGA